AUGAGCAGCAGCAACAGCCACUAUCACACGAACGAAAGUGUUCUCUUCUCGCCUCCUCCACCCAUGCGAGACUCCUCCACCAUGCAACUCUCAUUCGGAGAAUCCUCCAUGAUGCUUGCCAUCAACAACACAACAGCCUCCAUGAAUGAUUCCUUUCAAAACAAUACAGGAGAGGUCGUUCUCGGAAGUGAUCUCGAAAACAAUCCAAAACUCUCAUUCCAUCGUCAAACCGAUAUUGCCCGUUCCAAUAUUGUGGAUGAAGAUUUAGAAGGACAUUGGAUGGAAAAGCAAUUCAAGAAGCUUAUCUUUUUAUAUCGUGAAUUGAGCUCCAAAAAGCUUUCACUCUCUCGUUUGGAACAUUUGGAUGAGAAUGGCCAUGUACUGGAUCGAUUCAGAUCUUUUAAUGUGGAUGAAAAUGCUGUAGAGAGAGAAAAAACUGCGUACAAGAGCAAAAAACUUGAAAAUCGACAGUUGGAAGAUGAAUUGGAUGAAAAGACAAGACUUCUUUAUGCCAAAUUUGAACAAGUGAAAUUUCUAAAACAACACUAUGAAAAGAUGUUUGAAGCAUUUGAGAAUGAAUCUUCUCAAGAGAAUGAAGAUGUUCCUAUUAGUAUUAUGGAAAAUCAUCCAACCAAUCAAGAAGCUGAAAUUCCAACCUCAACUUCUCCAGAACAAUCUUCUCAAGAUGUUGAAACAUCGAGUCAAGAUUUGAAGGACACAUUGCCAGCAGGUCCACUCGUUGGAGAAGCCACAACUUCCUCAUCGUCACAAUCAUCUUCUCAUACUCCAACUGUUAUGGAAGAUGACGAACAAGAGUUAUUGCAAUCAACUCAACCACCAAAAACAUUGGAAGAAUAUUUGGGAGAUACACGAAAAAGACUCUCAUUUUCAGAUGUGGUUGGAGAGGAAGAUGAUGGGUCCAUGGUUGAUGAAGAGCAAGAACAACCUUUGCUUGAUGUUGACGUUGUAAAAUCGUCUUCUUCAGUGGAUAACCCAAUUCUAUUAGCUGUGAAUGAUUUCAAAUUCUUGAAAUGGUCUAAUUGUAUUGAUAUUAUUGAUUGCAGAGAGUUUCACUCGAAACAAGUCGUCGAUGUCGAAUUAAGGAUACCAUUUUUGGCACAAGGCGAUGAAACCAAACUCGAUGUUUCUUUAACAUUUAAUAAGGUCAAUAAGGAGUCCAUUCUCCUCUCUGUACAAUGUGCUCAACCAAUAUCAAGUCAAAGAAUUGACUUCUCUGACAUUAUUGAUCGAGCCAUCAAACAAAACAAUGUUCCUUAUUUAUUCUCUGCAAUAUCGAGUAGAAUACGAUCAUUAAGGAAAUAA